GCCUAACCCUCCACUCUCUCACUUGCUCACCACUCUCACUUGCUCACCACUCUCGCUUGUUCACCACUCUCGCUUGCUCGCCUAUCUUACUCUCACUUGCUACUCUCACUUGCUCACUGCCCUCUCACUUGCUCACUACUUUCUCACCAACUAUUUCGCUACCUCUCUGAAUUUCCCGUUCACCGGCUCCGCUGCUAGAGUAUAAGACAUCGAUAUCACGACUAGUCCCAACCUUUAAGCUUACCUUGCCUCAUAUUUCCUCCUACAACCCAGGAAACGAAACAUUUCAGCCAACCAAAUCAACUAACCUAGCCAACGAAAUCACCAUGGUCAAGUGUGAAGAAGCCUACUUGAUCUAUGAACCUCUUGACGAACCCGAUUGGACUGUGGUUGAUAGGGCUGUUAUUUACAGGGACGUUGAGGACAAAGUGUUUAAGAACGGCAGAUACUGUGAUGAGAAAGUCACAGAGCUUGGGAUCUACAUAGACACCUUCAAACGCCAUGGAAGCGCCCCCCUGCACAUUCCACACACUUCGAUAAAGAGGCUUGGUGGGUAUAUUACCUGCUACAACUCUAUGUACUGUAUUGGAGUCAGCGACCACCAUUUGCUGCCAACUGUCAUAGAUCUACAGCUUGUUCUUGACUACGUAGCAACACCUACAAAUCAUCCCCUCGUGCUGUGCAAGAAGUGCGCUAAGAUCAGACUCUGGCCUAAGACCUUCACUAUGGUUGACGCCGACAACACUGAAUAUGUCGACUUGAUCUAUAAACCGCUCAACGAACCUGAGCGGACUGUGAUUGAUGAGGCUGUUAUCAACAGGAACGUUGAUGUGAUAGUGUGGGAGAACGGCAGAGACCGUUAUGAGAAAGUUACACAGCUUAGGAUUGAAGCAGAUACUUUCAAACGCCAUGGAAGCGAACCACUGCACAUUCCACCUGAUUUAACAACGAGGGCUGUCAGCGACCAUCAUUUGUUGCCAACUGUCAUAGAUCUACAGCUUAUUCUCAAUUACGUAGCGGCUGAAGGGCAGACAGGUGAAAAUUGCUCAAUCGCCUGUGUUAGGCAGAUAGAAGGUUUUGACAGACAGCAGAGGGAAGGCGAAGGAGGGUUCAACCAGUACAGGAUUAGGAAUCACAGCCAUAGGCAACACUUUACCUUCAUCUUUAGCGAUCGUUGCCAUCAUGCAAGACUCGACAGACCGUGCAGAGUGAUCGCUCGUUGCGCUUCUACAUGGAGACCAUGGUCAACCCACAGAACAUCUCAUAAUAUCAGUGUUGAGAGUACUGAGAAUUCGCAACGAGUUGACCUGAGGCUAACGCCCGCUGUUCCACCUAUUGAACGAACAACAGCAUUGGUCUCUGCCUUUGCAGCGAAGGAAGUCCGUCGCUGUGACCAGUCAAUACCAAUCUUGGAGGUGACGAUACCAGACGUUGAAGGAGCUUUUAGCCUUGCUACGCAUUCAUGGGCAUUAGAAUACGCGAGGAUAAUACGUGGCUUCUCAGAAUGGUCAGACAUUACAGCAUGCGCUCUAGAGCCGAUGUGCGACUGUGCGCCUUCUAUCCCCAGACCGUUAUACAGCAUAAAUGGCAAAGGAGAAGCAAUUGCACAGGUGGAUGAAGAAGCUAUUGCAGAGUUUGAACGCAGAUUACGACCACGCGGGUCCAUAUUUACACAUCAAGCGCUGAGAGAAGAUAGCAAGGGGCGCCUUCAGAUGAUUUUCAAUAUCGCCGCCUUGUUACAUCGCGCACGGAGUCAUACUGAAACCCAGCAUGGCUAUACAGCAGCGUGGAGGUUGAUAUCGGACCACGUAGAUGAGUCAGCACGUGAAGCUCCUAAGGGCUUUCAACUACAAAGCCGCUCAUCACAAACGCCUUAUACCGGCAAUCUCUCUUUGAAGCAUGACCUUUCCACGUCCCAAGAAAAGUCUCUAUCUUGGAUUAUCGAUCAAGAAAAGGGGAAGACUUUGGCAAUUCAAGAAACCGAGGAAGCCAUUGACGCUCAGCUGCACUGGAGAGCAGAUGUCCGCAUUCAACACAAGACUGUCAUCCGCGGUGGUAUUCUGGCUGAUUUGCCUUCGUUUGGAAAGACAGUCACGACUAUUGCGCUUAUACAGCGGGAGUAUGAGAUUGACGAGGUUUACGGUGUUCCUGAUCAAGGUUUUACAGACCCGCUAGGCUUGGUCUCGACGGCUGCUACUCUAGUAGUUUGUCCUCAGACUCUCUAUAGGCGAUGGCAAGACGAGUUCGUUAAGUUCUUAGGGAAGACUCGAUGCUCUCAAAUGGGCGUGCGGGCAAUAGGGAGCAUGGAAGACCUAAGACGGACGACAAUCGCUGAUAUUCAAAACAGUCGAGUCGUCAUUGUGCCAUGGAAUGUCCUUGCUGAUGAUAAGUACGUUAGGCAGCUUGCAGACUUCACUACCAUGCCUAAACUAGCACUAAAACAGGAAAAACGGGCUUUUAAUUCAUGGCUUAAUUAUGUCAAUUCAGAGAUUCCAAGUCGGGUACAAGAACUUGUGCAAGAGGGAGUCAGAUUGUUCAAGCGAGGCAAGAAGGAGGCACUAGAGGCCCGCCUUAAGCAACCAGGCUUCAAGGGCGUUGUACCUUUGAAACCCCAACACGGCAGUGCCUAUCAAUCCUACAAGGGUAGCGACCACAACUCGCAAAUGGCGCCCGUCCAAGGAACAGAUACCACGAAGCCUAAGCGUACAAACACUAGUCGGGAUGGUGACUGGAUGUCAUACUGCCCGCCCCUACAUAUUUUCGCCUUUAACCGCAUCGUGAUUGACGAGUAUCAUUACCUCUGCAGUAGUGAUCCUAAGAACUCUGCAGCAUAUGCACUUAUCAAGGCUAUUUCAGGACAUGGACGCUAG